GUUUGGCAUCCCUGAGCCAACAACACUCGCCAGUGAAGAAAAAGACAAGCCAAAGCUAAAUAGAACACUCACCCUUUUAGGAAGUCCGAGCACAAAAGAGGACAAAGAUGACUUGACGUUUCACUUAGUUUUCAAUUUCGUUCUCCGAAACAAGAGGACCUCACCAACAUGAAGUGGAUUCUCAUUUGUGUGUGUGCCUUGAUCCCUUGGGUGAUGGGCACGGGUGUGCUUGUGGGCGGCCCCACGGACCAAAAAGAACUGGAUCCGGACAUCCUCAAGUUUGCACUGCAAGAACUAGCCUCGGGCGACAAUAGCCUCUACCAUAAAAAGGCCGUCAAGGUGAGCAACGUGAGCACGCAAGUGGUGGCCGGAACCAACUACCGAUUCACCGUUCACUUGGCCGACACGGAUUGUCUCAAGAGCUCGGGUCAAGAGCCCUCUGAGGAUUGCCAAGUCCAGGAUGGUGCUUCUGUCAAGGAAUGUCGACUGACCGUGUGGUCCAAGCCUUGGCUCGAAUUCUUGGAGCUCACCCACGUGGACUGCGAUGACGGCGUCAGCGAAGGCGAUACUCAAGGAAAGGGAGCCUCCACGGAACUUCCGGCUAUUGAAUCCUCAAUCCUUGUGAGAAACCAACAAGGUCCUGAGGUGACAUCCGGCAUGAAUGAAUUGCUUCCACGUGAAGCCAGCAUCCUCUCUUUGCAACGUCUACAAAGUUACAACCAUUUCAAAAGUUUUGUCAUCAGACACAAGAAACAAUAUUCAUCUCUGGCCGAGCUCAAGCUCAGAUUUAGAAUAUUCCGGCAAAACAUGAAGAAAGUCCAGUUCCUUACCGAAACCGAGCAAGCCACGGGGAAAUAUGGAGCUAGUCAAUUUUCUGAUUUGACCGCUCAGGAGUUUAAAACAAAUUAUCUCGGUCUCAAGCCCGAGUUCCAAUCAAUUCACUGGGCCUCGCCAGAAGAGGAUCAAUAUUCGAAUAAUUCAGAAAUACCCCUCAAAUUCGAUUGGCGCGAACACGGAGCUGUCACUCCGGUGAAGAAUCAAGGGGCUUGCGGUUCAUGCUGGGCUUUCAGCGUGACUGGCAACAUUGAAGGGCAGUGGGCCAUCAAUCGCGGGAAAUUAAUCCCGCUCUCUGAGCAAGAAUUGGUCGAUUGCGAUCGAUUGGACAACGGGUGCAACGGCGGUCUCCCCAGUAAUGCUUAUCAAGCCAUCAUGAAAUUAGGAGGUCUUGAGACCGAGACCGAUUACAAGUACGACGCUGUGGACAAGAAAUGCAGCUUCAAACGAACCAAAGUGCGGGUCACCAUCGACUCGGCCGUCAAUCUCACCACAGAUGAAGACCUCUUGGCCAAAUGGUUGGUCCACAAUGGGCCCAUCUCCAUUGGAAUCAACGCCAAUGCAAUGCAGUUCUACAUGGGCGGCGUAUCGCAUCCUUGGAGUUUUCUCUGCAACAAGGCUAAUCUUGAUCAUGGAGUUCUCAUUGUGGGAUAUGGCAUGGACGAGUUCAAGUUGUUCAAAGAGAAGUUACCAUAUUGGACCAUAAAGAACUCGUGGGGAACAUCUUGGGGUGAACAAGGCUACUACCGUGUGUUUCGCGGCGACAGUACGUGUGGUGUCAAUCAAAUGGCCACUUCGGCCAUUGUGAAGAACUAAUACUCAAACAAAAGCUUUCCCGAGAUCUUCCACUGGACAUGUGAAGUAUCACUAUAAUCCACGAUUUAGUCAGUUAGGUAACUUGCGAUUUACCGUCCAUCGUUUACCGAUCCAUAAAGUCUGGUCGAAAUAUAUUCGCCGAUCCUUA